GCAACUAAAAACCGAACCUUGACGAAGCAGAAAAAGCAACCGGGAACAGUACAGAGCUCCGUAGAUCUGCUUCAUCUGCUCCAGUAUCAACCCCGAUUCUUCUUCUUCUUCUUCAUUGAGUGCGUCUCUCGAGCAAUGGCGGAGAGACGCGCUGAAGCGAUCCUUUUAGUAGCGCUCUUGCUGUUGGGCUGUAGUGGGCAUCUCGUGCCAGUCACGGAAGCUGUGUGGUUGACGAUCCCGAGCUCGGGGACCAAGUGCGUCUCCGAGGAAAUCCAGAGCAACGUCGUCGUCUUGGCCGAUUAUUACAUCGUCGACGAGGAACACGCUCACCUCCACACCGCCACUAUUUCCUCUCGGGUGACAUCUCCUUAUGGAAACAAUCUUCACCACAAUGAAAAUGUGACCCAUGGUCAGUUUGCAUUUACAACCUCUGAGGCCGGGAACUACUUGGCAUGUUUCUGGAUUGGUGGAAAACAUCAAGAAGCUGCUGGAUUGACAAUUGGCCUUGACUGGAAAAUCGGAAUCGCAGCUAAGGAUUGGGAAUCAGUUGCAAAAAGGGAAAAGAUUCAGGGCAUGGAGCUGGAGUUGCUGAAACUUGAAGGGGCUGUGCAAGCCAUACAUGACAAUCUGAUUUAUUUGAAAAACAGGGAAGCAGAAAUGAGGGAAGUGAGUGAGAAAACAAACGCCAGAGUCGCACGGUUCAGUUUAAUGUCCCUUGGCGCCUGUAUUGUGGUUUCAGUUUUGCAGUUGUGGCAUUUGAGGCGUUUUUUCGAGAGGAAGAAGCUUAUCUAGAUCCUGCACUUCGUCUUCUAUGCCUCACAAAUAUUCUACAGUGAACACGAACUGAACGGUUCCUCUGCCUUUUGCAUAGAUUUUUACAUUGAAUAUUAGGAUUUUUCUUCCAACAAAUCUGGUUUUGUUUGUAGGAUGGGCUAUGGCAGAUAUCAUAUUUCAUAGUUUUAGAAUGCACAGCAAAUUACGUGGAUAGGAUGAUAAAAUUAUCAACACUCACUGCAGAAAGCAUCAGUGCAUCAGAAUCUGUAAAAUUAUUUAUCAAACAUGACAAAGUUGGUAUUUUCUUCCUGACUUUGCCAUC